AUGUCUACGGAACGUCGGUUAAAAGGCUUGAAGACACGCCAAAAGAGUCUGCUAGCAUCAUUCAGCCAAAUAAAAACAUUCAUGGACGACUACCAGGAUGAGACCGAUGCAUUUCAAGCUCCUUUCCGAUUGGAGCAUCUAGUGUCGUUGUGGAACGAUUUUAAUGCGGUUCAAGCGGAGAUAGAGUCGCUAGACGAGAGCGACGUCGACAAUCAACUCAAGAAGCGCAUGGAAUUUGAGUCCUGCUAUUUCAAGGUGAAGGGUUUCCUUCUCUCGGUGAAUAAAACCCCUACGCCGUUGACACCUACUUCUUCUCAUUCAACUGCGCAUGUCCCUGCUUCUGCUUCCCACGUAAGGUUACCCGACGUGAAAUUACCGAUAUUCAGCGGAAAACUUGAUAGUUGGAUGAAUUUUUACGAUAUGUUCGUCUCGUUGGUACAUUCAUCUCAUGAACUGUCUAAUAUUCAGAAGUUCUAUUACCUCCGCUCUUCGCUCUCUGGUGAGGCCUUGAAACUCAUCCAAACAAUCGCCAUUACGGCAAACAACUACCCAGUCGCAUGGGUACUACUGGAGAACCACUACCAAAAUCCAGCGCGGUUGAAGAAAUCCUACGUGGACUCGCUGUUCGAAUUCCAAUCGUUGAAACGCGAAUCAUCAACGGAACUGCGGACUCUUGUUGAAAGGUUUGAGGCAAACGUUAAAGCAUUGAAACAACUUGGCGAAAAAACUGAAUUCUGGGACGUGAUUCUCAUCAGGAUGCUCAGCACCAGGCUAGAUCCUACUACAAGACGAGACUGGGAGGAGUUUUCAUCGACACAGGCUGCGAUUUCCUUCGAGGACCUUACUGCAUUCAUCCAGAGACGCGUGACUGUUCUCGAAACCAUCGGAAAGUCAAUCGAAAUUACACCAGUCAACAACGUAAAGAAGCCCACGCAGCGGACGAUUGCCAGCCACGGAGCAUUCCAAUCCAAUUCCCGGAAGUGUGUCGUCUGCACCGAGCACCAUCCGUUGUACCAGUGCACCAUAUUCAGCAAACUCACCCCUGAAGACAAAGAGAAGGAAGUUCGUCAGCAGCAAUUGUGCCGAAAUUGCUUGCGAAAAGGUCAUCAUACACGAGACUGUUCCUCUACGAGUAGCUGUCGGCACUGCCGGGGCCGUCAUCAUUCUCAACUCUGCACCAGUGGAAGUCCGAGUGCCAGCUGUUCAAAGCCAUCAGACAAUACUCCAUCAAAGCCACAAUCAAUGAAGUCGCCCAAUGAACAACCCUCUGUGUCUCUAUCGGCAACCCUCGACAAAGCACCUUGUUUCGCAGCAACCAUAAACCAACGUAAGACGGUCCUCCUUGCAACAGCAAUUAUCCUACUGGUUGAUGACAACGGAACGGAACAUGUUGCUCGUGCACUACUCGACUCCGGCAGCGAAUGUUGUUUUAUGACGCAAUCGUUCUCUCAGCUCAUCAAGGUUCGGCGCCAGAAACUAUGGUGCCCUAUCGUCGGAAUUGGUCAGUCAACUACCCAAGCUCGCAACAAACUACGCUCUACUAUCCGCUCCCGUGUGAGUCAGUAUUCUACUUCGUUAGACUUCCUCAUCCUACCGCGGAUUACCCUAGAUCUUCCGUCAACCUCCAUAAAUGUUUCUUCCUGGGAAAUUCCACCUGGUAUUGAACUCGCUGAUCCGUCGUUCCACCAACCUAACACAAUCGACAUCAUCCUGGGUGCGGAGAUCUUUUUCGACAUUUUCAAAUUCUCAAGCAGAAUUCAUCUUGGUGAUGAUCAACCAACACUAAUAAGCACCGUACUUGGUUGGGUCGUAUCAGGACAAAGUGAAGCUUCCCAGCCAGCGAAACCGAUCGUGGCUAACUUGGCUACCUUGAGCGAUCUCCACCAACUCAUGGAACGAUUUUGGUCCCUCGAAGACGACAACUCAUCAUCCUGCUACUCAGUGGAAGAAGCGGCUUGUGAGAGCCACUUCCAACAAAAUGUUACCCGUACUCCGGAAGGUCGCUAUUGUGUUCGUUUGCCAAUCAAGAAGGAUGUUCUCGCCAAGCUGACCGAUAAUCGACGCACUGCACUUCGACGUUUUCAUAUGCUGGAAAGCCGGCUAUCUCGUGACGUGAACCUCAAGCAACAAUAUGACAGCUUUAUGGAAGAAUAUCUAUCUCUAGGCCACAUGCAACAAGUGUACGAGCACGAGCAUCCACCCACACCCUGCUAUCACCUACCUCAUCACGCUGUUGUCCGUGAAGAAAGCUCCACAACAAAGGUACGCGUGGUAUUUGAUGCGUCAUGUAAGACGCCCGGCGGCCCAUCAUUGAACGACGCUCUUAUGGUGGGGCCAAUCGUACAGCAAGACAUUCGCGCUAUAAUAAUCCGUUCCAGAAUCCGACCCAUUAUGCUGAUAGCCGACGCCAAGCAAAUGUAUAGGCAAAUCCUCGUUGACGAACGAGAUUCGCCUCUCCAGCGGACGGUAUUUAGAACUUCACCUGAUGCACCGAUACAGACCUUCGAGCUAAAGACGGUGACGUAUGGCACAGCCUGUGCCCCUUACUUGGCAACAAGAGUACUGCAACAGCUAGCCAGCGAUGAGAAGGAGAAUUUCCCCCAGGCUGCCGAGGUACUGACAAAGGACUUUUACGUGGACGACCUAUUCUGCGGCGCCAUACAGCUCCGAACUCAACUCGAUACACUAUUGCGUAAGGGUGGCUUCGAACUUCGGAAAUGGGCGUCAAAUGUACCAGCUGUACUCGAAGACGUCCCGACAGAAAAUCGUGCUAUACAUUCAUCUGUGGAUCUCAACCGAGACCACUGCCUAAAAGCGCUCGGCCUGCACUGGGAGCCUGCAACGGACUACUUGCGGUAUCGAAUCAACCUCUCCGAGCACUUAGGAUAG